CUAUUGGUUCAAUGUUGCCACCAACCGCGCGGCAUAGAUAUGCAUUCACCAAUGCUAUCUUUCACAGCGUAGUCCUAUAAAUGUCAGCUUGGAAGCCGUGCCCACUGAUUUCAACGGGACUUCAUACCGGGUUGGCUUCUUUGUUUUAUUAUUUUUAUACCCUGCCCUUCAAUCAAACUUACCUGCAAUAUGCACCAGCUGCUGUAUUUAUGCAAGACCUGCAACCGAUUUCCUUUUCACAGUUUAGUUAGAUCAAGCCCAAAUUGCUUAGGUACAUGGGUAAAAACUAUACACUCUUCAUUAACCCGUAAAUGUGAAACUGAAGAAAAAUUGCAUUUGCAUGGUGAUGAAUACUUAAAUGGCGGAGCAGACAAUGAAGACUAUCAACAACGGCAUAUACCAGUUAUGGUUGAGGAAGUUGUUAAUUUUUUAGCACCACGUAAAGGACAGUGUAUUCUUGAUAUGACAUUUGGAGCAGGAGGCCAUACCAAGGCGCUUAUGCAAGAGGCAGCAGAUAUUAAAAUAUAUGCUCUUGACAGAGAUCCCACAGCCUAUCAACUAGCUCAGCGGCUUUCUGAAUCUCACCCGCAACAAAUCCAAGCUCUUCUUGGACAGUUUAGUCAAGCAGAAGCCUUGUUAACCUUGGCUGGAGUGCAGCCAGGGAGUCUGGAUGGAGUUCUUUUGGAUGCUGGUUGCUCUUCGAUGCAACUUGAUACUCCAGAAAGAGGUUUUUCCCUAAGAAAAGAUGGUCCUUUGGACAUGAGAAUGGAUGGUGGCAGGUAUCCUGACAUGCCCACCGCUGCUGAUGUUGUGAAUGCUUUAGAUCAACAGGCACUUGCGUCCAUCCUGAGAACAUACGGGGAGGAGAGGCACGCCAAGAAAAUAGCUUCAGCAGUUGUUCAGGCACGCAGCAUCUACCCCAUCACCAGGACUCAGCAGCUUGCCAGUAUUGUUGCAGGUGCUUUCCCAGACGCAGCUUUGUAUGCUCGAAAAGACUUGCUUCACAGACCAACGCAUGUUGCUACCAAAACGUUCCAAGCCUUGCGCAUAUUUGUCAACAAUGAGCUGCACGAACUAUUUGCGGGGCUAAAGGCAGCCGAGAAGUUUCUAAAACCAGGGGGGCGACUUGUAGCAAUUUCUUUCCAUUCGUUAGAAGAUCGUAUCAUAAAGCGGUUUCUUCAUGGAAUAGAUAUGUCAGAAAAAUUCAGUCUCAGUGUCAGGCAGAAGAUCAGGCAAGUGGAGAAGAAUUCUUCAGAGAAUGAGGAGGAGGAUGAAUUGUCCAGUGGAACUUCUAACUCAAGAUGGACCUCAGUACAGAAGAAAGUGGUCACUCAAGCUAAGGCUAUUAAAGACAAUCCAAGAGGACGCUCAGCAAAGCUAAGAGCAGCUAUUAAGAUGUAAACAUUUUUUAAAGCAGCAAAUCUGUAGCAUUUUUAAAAAGUUAGCCACACAUUGUUCCUGCUUCACUAAUUAAAUCAGAAUGCCAAAGAAGGGAACAUCACAUGACUAAACAACCUUUUUUCUGCAUUGCUACAGAAAAAUAUCUUUCACAUAUACAGAUUAAAGGACAAGAAUUAUGUUAGUUUCUAUAUAACUCACCAUGAUAAUAUUCAUUAAUAUCUAAAAUACAGGUACAUAUAUUUUAAAUAUGCCUACUUUCCCCUGUAACAGCAAAUGCACAGCCAUGUGCUAUGUAGCUGUAUUCGUUUUUAUAUAUGUUUUUAUUGUAAAUUGCAUUUAUAAUCUAUGAGAAGGGGUUAAUAAACAAAUUGGGGUUAAUGAGUCGGCUCAGAUUCAGAGUGUUAAA